AUGGCACACCUCUUCUCGAAGCCUCCUGCAGCACCGCCUCCGACGCUGUCCUCAGUGCCCUGCUGUCCGUGUUCUCCCGCUAUGUGCGGCGCAUGCGCAAGAGCAAGGAGGCGAGGAGGUCUACAGUUGGGUGAGGCCCCGUGGGUCAGCAACCCAGCCGGUGGGACGGGGCAUUCAGAGCGGUCGGAGUCUCAGGACAAGUGUUCCUACGCUGACAGUGGGGAGACAGCCACCAUGCACAUCCUUGUGUCCAUGCAUGGUCAUCCUGCUAACAUUGGCCCACCCGUGCUUCCCCACUGUAAAAAGUACGGUCCUUCGUGGGUUCGUGGCUCCUCAGGUGAUCCCGAUGUUCGCUGUAUCUUCUCUGCAGCUGGUGAUGGCGAGUUCCACGAGUUGCUGGACAUCUGGUUUCCGGAGAAGAAGCCCCUGCCCACAGCCUUCCUGGUGGACACCUCUGAGGAGGCUCUGCUGCUGCCCGACUGGCUGAAGCUGCGGAUGAUCCGUUCUGAGCCCUGCAGGACUGGAGCCCAGCAGCUGCUGCUCUUUGUGCAGUCCUUUGGCAUCCCCGUGUCCAGCAUGAGCAAGCUCCUGCAGUACCUGGACCAGGCAGUGGCCCAGGACCCCCAGACCCUGGAGCAGAACAUCAUGGACAAGAAUUACAUGGCCCACCUGGUUGAGGUACAGCAUGAGAGAGGUGCUUCCGGAGGCCAGACCUUCCACUCACUACUCACCGCCUCCCUGCCACCCCGCCGAGACAGCACAGAGGCUCCUAAGCCAGAAAGCAGCCCUGAGCCCCCGCCAGGCCAGGGCAGGACUCGGGCAGGCACACAGGUCCCAGUGCUUGGCCCUGAGGACGACUUGGCAGGCAUCUUCCUACAGAUCUUCCCACUGAGCCCCGACCCACGGUGGCAGAGCUCCAGCCCACGCCCCCUCGCCCUGGCCCUGCAGCAAGCCCUGGGCCAAGAGCUGGCUCGUGUUCGCCAGGGGAACCCCGAGGUGCCAGGCAUCACAGUGCGCCUCCUGCAGGCCAUGGCCACCCUGCUGAGCUCCCCGCAUGGUGGCACUCUAGCUCUGGCUAUGCACCACAGCCACUUCCUUUCCUGUCCACUGAUGCGCCAGCUCUACCAGUACCAGCGUGCUGUCCCUCAGGACACUGGCUUCUCCUCGCUCUUCCUUAAAGUGCUUAUGCAGAUUCUGCAGUGGCUGGACAGUCCCGCUGUGGAGGAUGGGCCCUUGCAGGCCCAACUCAAGUUGUUUGCUACCAGAUACUCGGCGAGACGCAGGAUCAGUGACGUGAGCAGUGGGCUGCAGCACCUGGCUGAGGCCCUGAGCUUCCGACAUGACCUGGAGAUGGCCAGCUCCACCGUGCAGGCUGUCAUUGCUACCUUAAGGUCCGGGGAGAAGUGCACUGUGGAGCCUGAGCUCAUCAGCAAAGUCCUCCGUGGCCUCAUCGCGGUGCGCUCCCCUCACUUGGAAGAGCUGCUGACGGCCCUUUUCUCAGCCACUGCCCAGGCCUCCUCGAGCUCGGCCUCCAUGCCCAUCGUGCUGGUGAGCUCCCUGCUGCUGCAGGAGAAGGAUGAGCUCCUAGGCCCUGGCAAGCAGGACGCGGAGGGUACCGGCACAGAGACUGUGCGCCUGGGACCAGCGUCGGGGCUGCUUGUGGACUGGCUGGAGACGCUGGACCCGGAAGUGGUCAGUAGUUGUCCUGACCUUCAGAGGAAACUGCUCUUCUCACGAAGAAAGGGUAAAGGCCACGUAAGUGCCCAGGUGCUGUCUUUCCGCCCCUACCUCCUGGCCCUGCUCACACACCAGGCCAGCUGGGCCACACUACACCGCUGCAUCCGUGUCCUGCUAGGCAAGAGCCGGGAGCAGAGGCUCGACCCCUCAGCCUCCCUGGACUUCCUCUGGGCCUGCAUCCAUGUUCCCCGGAUCUGGCAGGGCCGGGACCAGCGCACUCCACAGAAGCGGCGGGAGGAGCUGGUGCUUCAUGUCCAGGGCCCAGAGCUGCUCAGCCUGGUGGAACUGAUCCUCUCUGAGGCAGAGACCAGAAGCCAGGAUGGGGACAGUGCUGCACGCACCCUCAUCCAGACACGGCUGCCCCUGCUGCUUAGCUGCUGCCGCGGCAAUGAGAGCGUCGGAAAAGUGACGGAGCACCUGACCAGCUGCAUUCAGCAGUGGGGGGACAGCGUGCUGGGCCAGCGCUGCCGGGACCUGCUAUUGCAGCUCUACCUGCAGCGGCCAGAGGUCCGGCUGCCGGUGCCUGAGGUCCUUCUGCAAAGCGAAGGUGCCGCCAGCAGCAGCAUCUGCAAGCUGGACGGGCUCAUCCAUCGCUUCAUCACGCUCCUGGCAGACACCAGUGACUCCCGGUCUUCUGAGAGCAGAGUGGCUGAUGCCAACAUGGCCUGUCGGAAGCUGGCUGUGGCUCACCCCAUCCUGCUGCUCAGGCACCUGCCCAUGAUCGCAGCCCUCCUGCAUGGCCGCACACACCUGAACUUCCAGGAGUUCCGGCAGCAGAACCACCUGGCCUUCUUCCUGCAUGUGCUGGGCAUCUUGGAGCUGCUGCAGCCGCGGGUCUUCCAGAGCGAGCACCAGGGGGCGCUGUGGGACUGCCUGCGCUCCUUCAUCCGCCUGCUCCUGAACUACCGGAAGUCCUCCCGCCACCUGGCCCCCUUCAUCAGCAAGCUGGUGCAGUUCAUCCACAAGUAUGUGGCCUGCAGUGCGCCGGCGGCAGUGGCCUUCCUGCAGAAGCACGCCGAGCCCCUCCAUGACCUGUCCUUUGACAACAGCGACCUGGUGAUGUUGAAGUCUUUACUGGCAGGGCUCAGCCUGCCCAGCCGGGACGGGAGAGCGGACCAAGGCCUGGAUGAGGAAGGCGAAGAUGAGCGUUCAGCCGGCUCCCUACCCUUAGUCAGCGUCUCCCUCUGCACCCCACUGACUGUAGCUGACGUGGCCCCGCACAUGAAGAGGCUCUCCCGGGGCCAGGCUGUUGAGGAUGUGCUCGAGACUCUGAGCGACAUAGAUGAGAUGUCCCGGCGGAGGCCUGAGGUCCUGGGCUUCUUCUCGACCAACUUGCAGCGGCUGAUGAGCUCAGCGGAGGAGUCUUGCCGCAACCUGGCCUUCAGCCUCGCGCUGCGCUCCAUCCAGAACAACCCCAGCAUCGCUGCUGACUUCCUGCCCACCUUCAUGUACUGCCUGGGCAGCCGGGACUUCGAGGUGGUACAGACGGCCCUCAGGAACUUGCCGGAGUACACCCUGCUCUGCCAAGAGCAUGCGCCUGUGCUGCUGCACCGAGCCUUCCUGGUGGGCAUGUACGGCCAGAUUGACACCAGCACCCAGAUCUCGGAGGCCCUGAAGAUCCUGCACAUGGAGGCUGUCAUGUGAACACUGUGGUCAUCACGAUUCCACGCUAGACCAGCAAGCCUGCUCUGUGCUCUUCUCAUCCCUGAGCCCUUGAGGCUGGGCAGGGCUGAGAACAGCUCUCUCCAGCCAUCAGCUAGUUCUGGUGGUCGCCAUCUUUCCAGAGAGAUACCACGAGAGGCUGUUGAGCCAGCAAAGCACGCUGAGGGCCACUUUAAAUGAAACAUCAAGUCCUCGUG